AAUACAGUUCUUCAUAGAAGCCGUGGACAGUGGACUCCCGAACAUAAUAGACAGUAUGUUGAUUAACCUGGAUAACCUCCAACUUGGAGCAGACUUCACAGAGGAGAUGACGUUCACUGGAUUCCACAACAUAUCUCACAUGACCAUGAGUUUCAGAGUAGAGUGCUCUCCUGGUUUCUGUGGGCAUGGCUGUUCGACCACACUUUAUAACAAUCCACGAGUGGCGAUAUGUCAAGCUGAUGGUACUAUAACGUGUAUUGACAACCGGCUUGACCCUUCAUCUCUUGUAGCCUGUAACGACUGCCUCUACAACCUGAAUAUUGCUACAGGAUGUUCUACAUGCUUAUUAGAUGCAUUUGACCCAAACACCAACUGUACAUCCUGUACUAACACCAAAUAUGACACAACCGAUAACUGUGAAUCAUGCGUGGACUCUACAUUCAGUCCUCUCGAUGGCUGCACAUCAUGUUUGUUGGAAUUCUAUGACUCACAAACAAACUGCACUCAGUGUCUACCCAACAGAGAUCCCUCUACCGACUGCACUCAGUGUUUACCCAACAGAGAUCCCUCUACCGACUGCACCCAAUGCCUACCCAACAGAGAUCCCUCUACCGACUGCAACCAGUGCCUACCCAACAGAGAUCCCUCUACCAACUGCACACAGUGCCUACCCAACAGAGAUCCCUCUACCGACUGCACACAGUGCCUACCCAACAGAGAUCCCUCUACCGCCUGCACUCAGUGUCUACCCAACAGAGAUCCCUCUACCGACUGCACUCAGUGUCUACCCAACAGAGAUCCCUCUACUGACUGCAUUCAGUGUCUACCCAACAGAGACCCCUCUACCGACUGCACCCAGUGCCUACCCAACAGAGAUCCCUCUACCGACUGCAUCCAGUGCCUACCCAACAGAGAUCCCUCUACCAACUGCACCCAGUGCCUACCCAACAGAGACCCCUCUACCGACUGCACCCAGUGCCUACCCAACAGAGAUCCCUCUACCGACUGCACCCAGUGCCUACCCAACAGAGAUCCCUCUACCAACUGCACCCAGUGCCUACCCAACAGAGAUCCUUCUACCAACUGCACCCAGUGUCUACCCAACAGAGAUCCCUCUACCGACUGCACCCAGUGUCUACCAGGCUGGGACAUCAUCUCGGACUGUACUAGUUGCCUACUCAACAGAGAUCCCUCUACCAACUGCACCCAGUGUCUACCCAACAGAGAUCCCUCUACCGACUGCACCCAGUGUCUACCAGGCUGGGACAUCAUCUCGGACUGUACUAGUUGCCUACCCAACAGAGAUCCCUCUACCAACUGCACCCAGUGUCUACCCAACAGAGAUCCCUCUACUGACUGCAUUCAGUGUCUACCCAACAGAGAUCCCUCUACCGACUGCACCCAGUGUCUACCAGGCUGGGACAUCAUCUCGGACUGUACUAGUUGCCUACUCAACAGAGAUCCCUCUACCAACUGCACCCAGUGUCUACCCAACAGAGAUCCCUCUACCGACUGCACCCAGUGUCUACCAGGCUGGGACAUCAUCUCGGACUGUACUAGUUGCCUACCCAACAGAGAUCCCUCUACCAACUGCACCCAGUGUCUACCCAACAGAGAUCCCUCUACCGACUGCACCCAGUGUCUACCCAACAGAGAUCCCUCUACCGACUGCACCCAGUGCCUACCCAACAGAGAUCCCUCUACCAACUGCACCCAGUGUCUACCCAACAGAGAUCCCUCUACCAACUGCACCCAGUGCCUACCCAACAGAGAUCCCUCUACCAACUGCACCCAGUGUCUACCCAACAGAGAUCCCUCUACUGACUGCACCCAGUGUCUACCAGGCUGGGACAUCACCUCAGACUGUACUAGUUGCCUACCCAACAGAGACCCAGUCACCAACUGCUCCAUCUGCCUACAACCAGACAGGUUCACUGACACAGACUGCAGUGUGUGUGCUCUACCAGGAGGGGACCCAACCAGACUCUGUCAAACUUGCUUGGAUAAUUUUAAUCCAAAUUGCACUGAGUGUGUGGCUAACUACGAUCUAAACACCACAUGCUCAUCUUGUCUCCCUGGUUACGAUAGACUCAGUGGGUGUACAGUGUGUCUCCUGGGCCGAAAAAUAUCAACCAGGUGCACUACAUGUCUGUCAGGAUUCUCAGGCACCAAUUGUGAGCCUGAUACUGACUUUGAUGUAAGCUCGGAUCUAGUCCGUGGCAUUGUUGGGGGAGUGGUUGGAGCUUUGUUGAUUGUCGUCUUGGUUACUAUUGUGGUCAUUGCACUCACUGUUCGUACCAAAAGAAGAGGUAACAAGGACAACAACGUCGUUAUAGAUACCAGAAUAUCGGAAGUGAGAUCACAAGCCUCUACCCUUGAAAAUGAAGCAAUACCACUACAGCCUAACCCACUGUAUGGUGUGCGUACCACUCCUGGUUAUGAGAUAGUGGAGACACUUAUUAAAAUGAAGCAGAACCCGGUUUAUGCUACUACUACACAGAGUGAUGAUGCUACACAGGUACAGUCCGAUGUGGUGUACGAAGUAUUCAAUGAUGAACAGACUAGCCAGGUUGAGAAUGAAGGGAUGGAAGUAACUGAAAGCCAACAGUAUGAUUACAUUCAGAUGAACUGACUGACUAUACACACAGGGAAUGUUAACAAUCUUACCCAAACAUUUGUUUAGAGAAAGUGAUUUGAGUCACGUGCAUGUUAA